AUAAGUUCUGUAACAAAAUAAACAUUUUACAUAUACUGAAAUGAUUAAUCAAAUAUUUUAGAAUAAUACUUACACGAAAUUUUCUAAAUACAUAUAAGAAAUUAUUCCUUUAUUAAUACUGUUUUUGUUCAUGAUGUUUGUACUGAGUUGCACCGAAGUUGGCGCACUAUUACAUUCACGCCGCGUAACGAUAAGUGAUCAUUAUAAACUACUUUCAGUCGGUGUCAUACAAAAGCUACGUAGCUAUCGCAUUUAAAAUGAUAUCAAUUCAAACAGUUUCACGUAUUAGUCAGUCAUACUACUGAUUGCAUAAACGCCAAUAGGCGCGUGUUGGCGGCAAAAAUACCUAACCUAUUCAGCAUUAUCUCUUCGCCAGAAACAUAUACGUUUCUAGAUGUGCCUUAGAGUUAAUAAUUUUACGCGAUAAUUUAUUAUUUAAAAAAAAGAAAAUAUAUAAAUGUAUAAUAUACAUAAAAAAUUAAAAUUGAUGUUAUGGUUGUUUCCCAUAUAAAAUAAAAUAUUAAAUAUAUUCAAACGCAUUAGUAAUCAUAUAGUUUUAAAAUCAUUACAUUAUUAUAAUUAUUUAUCCAGUUAAAAUAAAUUGACUUCCGUAUUGAAGUUUAUAUAUUUUUGCUUCUAAUUUAUAGAAAUUGAUUACUCUUGCAACCGUUCUUAAUAAAACAUUUUAUUGCGUCGUGAAUACUACUGACACCUUAACUCUUUCGAAAUGGUUAUUUUAUUUAAUAGAAGAAAAAAUUUCAAUGACAAACUGCGAUAUCGCGGUUAAAAAAAAUAAUAUCUAUUAACAACAGUAAGCACAGGAAGUUGAUAAAAUAAGCUACGCAUAGUACUCAUUGACGUCAAAUGCUACGCUCUUAAUUGAGAAAAUAGCGAUAGUGUAUAGCUUUGAAAAAGGAAUUUUUAACACUAUCAUAGCAUUUCUUACAAGCAACAAAUAUUAUUUUAACCUAAUUUGUCGUCAUUAUCUAUAUGUUUGUAACUACAAAAACAUUACUAUAUAACUUGAUAAAAAAAACGAAAAUAAAAAUUGCAAAUCUUCUAAUAAUAUAUCAAAUUAUGAAUAUAUAUUUCAAAAAAUAUUUCUUCAAGUAUUUCUAAUAAUACUUCCCAGUACAUGUUGAUAUAAACACCAGAUAAGGGUAGACAGAAUCGAUAAAAUAGUUUACUUCGUAUUAACUUUAUCGAUUAAUUUUAAUCAAGAUAAUGCACCUGUUAUUCCCAACAAUUUCUUAAUAUAAUGUAUCGCAAGCACCAUCACUUUGAAUACUUAACGGAAGUACUAAAACCUUCUUCCAUUAGUGGAUGGUAUUUUCUUUUUGUUCUUUGAUGCUACAACUAGAUUUGCAUAAAAAUGAUUAGAUGUCUCUAUUCUAACUUUAUUACUUUUUCUUCGCCAGUAAAAGAUACAGCCUCCAACAAGAAACUACUGUAUACACUACUUGAAGAAACGUUCUCCAAAUGUUCAAUCAAGUACCAAAACUCGGUGAAAAGAAAAUCAAAGAUAAAAACGAAACAUGGACAUUUUUCAACGUAACAAACUACAGAACGUUAAUGCGUUAUUGUAUUUUCAUAAAUAUGUGCAUUGGAUUUUUGCAUUUUAAAAUUGUCUCAUCGAGAUACAUAUCAAAAUUCCGUUUCACAUUUUCCGCGAUCUUGGUGAUCAUUUUCAGCAUUUGUAUGGUAAUAGCCAUAUACAAUGUUAAUUACGUUAUUGAAAUCGACGAGUCCAUGGUUUUACACUGCAAUUUCAUUUUGUUCUUGAGUCCCAUGAUCGUUAUAUGUGGCUACAUUUCAAAUCAUUCUACCGUACGAAUGAUUGAGAAAGUGGAAAAUGUUGCUACUCUGCUGCCACCGAAAACCAUUCGCAAAUUAGCCAAACUAGUGUACGCGAAGGACGUGUUGAUUUUCAUCCCAUUUAUUCUGACAUUAUCAUUCACUCUGAAAGCAUUAGGAUACAUAAUUGGCUACACCUGUUGGUACGUGUUUCUGUCGAUGGUAGCGGCAAACUCAUUGUACGUGAACAAUGUGUACGUGUUGAAAGCUUGUUUCGAAAAAAUAAAUGAUUCCUUGGUGAAACUGAACGAAAUGGUGAUCAACGAAGAGCCGCAUCUUUUCAGCAGAGUAUAUCAAUCACAGGAAAAUCCUGAGUUGCUCGAACAACUGAGGAAUCUUAGAAAACAACAUUUAAAAAUCACCGCUGCUGUCCGGUUGAUUAACGAGACGUAUAAUAUGCAAAAUAUCGGAUCGCUUAUAAUGAUCUUCAUUGACCUCACGUUUAAUGUGUAUCAUUAUGUGGUACUUUUUACCCAAGAGGAUAUCGUUACCAUAUGGUUUUCCAAUAUUAAUAUGUAUAUUAUAUAUUAUACUUUCAAUUUGAUUUUGAUUGUUUGGACCACCGAGACGACUAAGAACCAAGCACAGAAGAUUGGUUCUAAUGUUCACCGAAUCGUCGUGAACACUUUUGAUAAACAGACGACGAUCGAGUUGGAAUUAUUCUCGUUGCAAGUACUGCAGUGUGACAGCACCUUCUCGGCGAUGGGUCUCCCGAUGGACGCAACCAUUUUGACAAAGGUAAAUUCAUUUAAUUUGCAAUUCGAAUUUAACAUUUAAUUUUUUCAUUUUAUUUUUCUUGCAG